AUGCCUAAACUGACCAUCCAAGUUUGUCAAGGGACAAAUAACAAGCUGACCCAACUGGGACAUGUGGAAGACCAUUUCACCAGCCUGCAGAGGAUGUACAACAACUGCGAGGUGGUACUGAGCAACCUGGAGAUUACAUACGUGGAACACAAUCGUGACCUCUCUUUCCUCAAGACAAUACAGGAGGUUGCAGGCUACGUACUCAUCGCACUUAACAUGGUGGAUGUCAUUCCCCUAGAAAACCUCCAGAUCAUCCGAGGCAAUGUGCUGUAUGACAACUCUUACGCCCUGGCAGUUUUAUCCAAUUACCACAUGAAUAAAACCCAGGGACUCCGAGAGCUACCAAUGAAACGGCUAUCAGAAAUUCUCAAUGGAGGUGUUAAAAUCAGCAAUAACCCCAAACUGUGCAACAUGGACACUGUUCUCUGGAAUGACAUCAUUGACACAAGCAAGAAACCUCUCACGGUGCUUGAGUUUGCAAGCAACCUGUCCUCUUUAACCAAAGUCAUCUGUGCCCAGCAGUGCUCUGGCCGGUGCAGGGGAAAGGUGCCCAGCGACUGCUGCCACAACCAGUGUGCUGCGGGGUGCACAGGGCCUCGGGAGAGCGACUGCCUGGCAUGCCGCAAGUUUCGGGAUGAUGCUACAUGCAAGGACACAUGUCCCCCAUUGGUCCUCUAUAACCCCACCACCUAUCAGAUGGAUGUCAACCCCGAUGGAAAAUACAGCUUUGGAGCCACUUGCGUGAGGGAAUGUCCACACAACUACGUGGUGACAGACCAUGGCUCCUGUGUUCGCUCAUGCAAUACUGAUACUUAUGAAGUGGAAGAAAACGGUGUUCGGAAGUGUAAAAAGUGUGAUGGGCUAUGCAGCAAAGUGUGCAAUGGCAUCGGAAUAGGUGAACUUAAAGGGAUCCUCUCCAUAAAUGCCACAAACAUCGACUCCUUCAAAAACUGUACGAAGAUCAACGGAGACGUCAGCAUUCUCCCAGUUGCAUUUCUAGGCGAUGCCUUCACGAAGACUCUGCCCUUGGACCCCAAGAAGUUGGAUGUCUUCAAAACAGUCAAAGAAAUAUCAGGAUUUUUGUUGAUUCAGGCUUGGCCUGAUAAUGCUACUGAUCUCUACGCUUUUGAAAAUCUGGAGAUUAUACGAGGCAGAACCAAGCAACAUGGCCAGUAUUCCCUUGCCGUUGUUAACUUGAAAAUACAGUCCUUAGGGCUGCGCUCCCUCAAGGAAAUAAGUGAUGGAGAUGUUGCCAUUAUGAAGAACAAGAACCUCUGCUACGCUGACACCAUGGACUGGCACAGCCUGUUUGCAACUCAGAGCCAGAAAACAAAGAUCAUACAGAACAGAGAUAAAAAUGAGUGUGCUGCUGCCAGGCACGUUUGUGACCCCCUGUGCUCAGAUGUGGGCUGCUGGGGCCCAGGACCCUUCCACUGCUUCUCCUGCAGGUUUUUCGAUCGCCAGAAGGAGUGUGUGAAACAGUGCAACAUCCUGCAAGGGGAACCGCGGGAGUUUGAAAGGGACUCCAAGUGCCUCCCGUGCCACCCCGAGUGCCUGGUGCAAAACUCCACCGCGUACAACGCAACAUGCACUGGACCUGGCCCUGACAAUUGCAUGAAGUGUGCCCAUUUUAUAGACGGCCCCCACUGCGUGAAAUCCUGCCCAGCGGGUGUUCUGGGCGAGAAUGACACCCUGGUCUGGAAAUAUGCCGACGGGAAUGCUGUUUGCCAGCUCUGCCAUCCAAACUGUACCCGGGGGUGCAAAGGGCCAGGUCUUGAAGGCUGUCCAAAUGGCUCCAAAAUCCCAUCUAUCGCAGCUGGUGUUGUCGGAGGUCUCCUGUGCCUGGUGGUGGUCGGCUUGGGCAUCGGCCUUUACUUGCGGCGGCGCCAUAUCGUCAGGAAGCGGACCCUGCGCCGGCUGCUGCAGGAGAGGGAGCUUGUCGAACCCCUGACGCCCAGCGGGGAGGCACCAAACCAGGCUCAUCUGAGAAUUUUAAAGGAAACAGAAUUUAAAAAGGUCAAAGUUUUAGGCUCUGGAGCUUUCGGCACUGUGUAUAAGGGGCUUUGGAUCCCAGAAGGGGAGAAGGUUAAAAUUCCUGUCGCUAUUAAAGAGUUGAGAGAAGCUACAUCACCAAAAGCCAACAAGGAAAUACUUGAUGAAGCUUACGUGAUGGCUAGUGUUGACAAUCCUCAUGUGUGCCGCUUGUUGGGAAUCUGCCUCACCUCUACUGUUCAGCUCAUCACGCAGCUGAUGCCUUACGGUUGCCUCCUUGAUUACAUCCGAGAGCACAAGGACAACAUCGGCUCCCAAUACCUUCUCAACUGGUGUGUGCAGAUUGCAAAGGGAAUGAACUAUUUGGAGGAGCGUCGCCUGGUGCACCGUGACCUUGCUGCCAGGAACGUCCUCGUUAAGACUCCUCAACAUGUGAAAAUCACGGACUUUGGGCUGGCAAAGCUGCUGGGCGCCGACGAGAAGGAGUAUCACGCUGAGGGGGGCAAGGUUCCUAUUAAAUGGAUGGCUUUGGAGUCAAUUUUGCACCGGAUUUACACUCAUCAAAGUGACGUCUGGAGUUAUGGUGUGACAGUUUGGGAGCUGAUGACAUUUGGGUCCAAGCCAUACGACGGGAUCCCUGCCAGUGAAAUCUCCUCUGUCUUGGAGAAGGGCGAGCGUUUGCCCCAGCCCCCCAUCUGUACCAUCGACGUGUACAUGAUCAUGGUCAAAUGCUGGAUGAUCGAUGCAGAUAGCCGUCCCAAGUUUCGUGAACUGAUAGCGGAGUUCUCGAAAAUGGCCCGUGACCCUCCACGCUAUCUUGUUAUACAGGGAGAUGAUAGGAUGCACCUGCCCAGCCCUACAGACUCCAAGUUUUAUCGCACCCUGAUGGAGGAGGAGGACAUGGAAGAUAUAGUGGAUGCAGAUGAAUAUCUUGUGCCACACCAGGGCUUCUUCAACAGCCCCUCAACAUCCCGCACUCCUCUCUUGAGUUCAUUGAGUGCUACUAGCAACAAUUCUGCUACAACCUGCAUCGACAGAAACGGGCAGGGACACCCUGUAAGGGAAGACAGCUUUGUCCAGAGAUAUAGCUCAGACCCAACGGGCGCUUUCUUGGAGGACAGCAUAGACGACGGCUUCCUGCCAGCCCCGGAGUAUGUAAACCAGUUGGUGCCCAAGAAAACAUCUGCCUCAGUGGUCCAGAAUCCAAUCUACAACAACUUCUCACUCACAGCAAACUCAAAGGUCCCCACGGACUCCAGCUACCAGAAUUCACACAGCACAGCUGUGGACAACCCCGAGUAUCUCAACACCAACCAGUCGCCGCUGGCCAAGACAGUCUUCGAGAGCUCUCCUUACUGGAUCCAGGCGGGAAACCACCAAAUAAAUCUGGACAAUCCUGACUACCAGCAGGACUUCUUACCGAAGGAAACCAAACCUAAUGGUCUCUUGAAAGUUCCCGCAGCAGAGAACCCGGAGUACUUGAGGGUAGCAGCACCAAAAAGUGAAUACAUUGAAGCCUCAGCAUGA